CUUAUUAUGAUGUCAAUCUCUCGUUUCAGAUUUCAACACUGAGAACUGAGCGCCAAAUUCAAAAUUGUGACCAUUGUUCCGCCACGUAUAAAGGAGCGUGCUACGCGACUGGUCGAGUUCAUAUCAGCGAUCGGUUCACACGAGGUACACCUCAACAAGAGCGCGAUUCAACCAUCUAAAUACAAAAUUUCUCUACAAUGGCCCACUUACCAGCCAUGGUUUUUCUCGUUGUCUUGGAAAGUAUAACUGCAAAAUAUGUUUUACCAGGUGCUCCAUGGUUCGCACACGACAUUCCUCAGACGAAAUUUGGUGACCGUGAAGUGUUUCCAUCCGGCAACUCAGAAAAGCUUAUUUCGGCGCAAACAUCGAUGGCCGAGAUAAAAAAAUUGUUCGAAAGUGUAGAGCAUAUGUCCGUCCAAUCUCACGACUCUACAGAUGAAUCUGAGGGUCCAAGGGCCUGGUACAAACCACAGCAGGACGAGACAGUUUUUGAUGAAGGAAAGUGCAUCGACGAGUAUCACGACUGUCAACAGUUUGCGGACAACUAUAUCUGCUUUGAAGACGUGUACAAAACUUGGAUGCAACGGAAGUGCAGGAAAACUUGCAAAUUCUGCAAAGAAAACUGCUUGGAUACCAGGUAUGGUUGUUGUGAAGAUGGAGAGACUGUUGCUGAUGGGCCUUCCAAGGCUGGAUGUGGAGUUAAAUUGUGCAUCGACCAGAUAGACUGUGAACGAUAUAAACACAAAUGUGACGACGAUUCAUUAUCCAAUUUCCUUAAAAAAAAGCUCAGAAAUAGCUGCGCUUACACUUGCACGCGAUGCAAGGCACCGAGUCCUACCGCAGAUUGUGAGGCCCGCAGAACGAGGUAUGGAUGCUGUUGGAAUGGACAAGAAGCAUUGGGUCCGCUAGAAAAAGGAUGCUUACCUUGUGAGGACACUUACCCACGGGCCUGUCAGGUCUUUAAGACCUGCAAUUCUCCGUUCUACAACCUUAGAAAAUUUGGGAAUAUGCACUGUCCAAAGAAAUGUGGAAUGUGUGGAAAGUGCGUUGAUAAAGGACUGACCUCCAAAUGUCAGAACUGGGCAGCAAAAGGUUUGUGUGCGGUACGCGGGUGGAAAACUUAUAUGGAGGAGUUCUGUCCAAAGACAUGUGGUUUCUGCGAAUCCAGCGAAAGUGCUGUGGAUGUGAGGACCCUCCUUGGGAUCUAACUAGGGUGAUUAGGACCCUAUACUUGCUUAAAAAGAAAAAAAGCUUUCUUUUGUAAUGAACUUUACAGAGGUAAAAAAAAAAUUAGUUCAGAAACUAAGAGGUGACAUUCCCGGAGUAGAUUUGUAAAAACUUGCUUGCAAGUAGUUGCUAUUGAUUGUUUUUUUAGUUUUCCUAGAUUGUACUUUUGUAUGUUUAAGGCGCCGGCGGCCGUGAUAGUCUUUCAAAUCAUAAAACGAUUUGUUACAACUCCUUAGAUAUAGAUUUGAGGAAAGUAUGGACCCGUUGCAGUUUAUCUUUCGUUGAAACUAUAAAAAAAAAAAGAUCAUAAUACACAUGUAGGAAAGACAAUCAAAGAGUUUUUUGUUUUUUUUUUGUUUUCCGUUAGUAACUACCUUUUAACGCACGCCUACUACUCUCUUUUCGGUAAGUCAUACACCGAAUGCAAAUAUGGCGUCCAAUUUGAAUUGCCAUUGUUCUGGACUGACUAGCCUCGUCUUCACGUGGAAUCACAAAACGAUUAUCACAUUUGUGAGAGGCUAGUCAGUCCAGAACAAUAGUAAUUCAAAUUGGACGCCAUAUUUGCAUUCGGUUUAUACGUAAGAGUAAAAAUCGUUGUAAGUCGAGGCUAAGAUUGCGAUCGCUUAAGACUUUCAAUGAAGGUGAAAUGAAGAUACCCUGAGUUCAGUUUACUUUUCAAAACUAUUAAAGCAAAUGCCGCAUUCCUA